CAAGUUCUGUGGUAAAGGGAUUUUUAGGGAAAUAUGGAAAAACCGUUUCGUGAUACUGAGAGGAGACCAUCUGUACAUCUCUGAGAAAGAGCCUGCUGGAUGAGCAACAAACACGUGUCAGAAACUGAAAAGACCACGGCUGACACAGCUGCGCCUCUCGCUGUGCCCGAGGACCCCCAAGCAUCUAAGGCCUCCACUCCCUCAACCCUACCGUUUACACAGACACACACACACACACACACACACACACACAGACACACACACAUACACACACACAUACACACACACACACACACACACACACACACACACACACACACACACACACACACAUAUACACACACACACACAUACACACACACACACACACACACACACACACACACACGCUCAGCUGAGGUUCAGCUGCUUUGUAAUGAGUUCACCUGUGGAACAGAACGUAUCAGUUCAGCGUGGUUCUCUUUCUCUCAUUAUCGCGUCUCCCACAUGCUCUGUAAUUUGUUGGAUUUUAUAGUUAUUUUAUGUAAUGCACCUAUUGUUCGUUUUACACGUACAAUUCAAUGUUUGUUAAGGAGCCAUUCUUAUAUCAUGUAUAUUGGUAAGUGGUGUGCUACCUAUUUGUCAGGUGAAGGUAACUGCAAACCCAGUGAUAACUAUUUGACCUGCGUGUACUUGUGUGUGUUAUGUGCUCUGCUGCAACUUCUUAACCACAUGAUUAAUGGUGGUGGAUUAUUCAAAUGAGAACUUUGAAAAGACAAGCACGCUAUUCAUGAAGUAGGCCAGAAGGCUAAAAAGAACACAGAGACUUGUAUCUCCGACGCUCAGCGUAACCACAGCCGAACCGCCUCAUGGGGCCCGGGAUAAUCUUUCAUCUAAAACUCCCGUCUUUGAGUUUGAUUUAAUGUUUUAUAGACGUUGAGUGAUAUCAUGUCGUGAGCGAGUUUGAGCACAAAUUAUGUUUUUGACCCAUAUUCACUGAAUGAAUUGCCUCAGUCAUUUUUAUCCAUCACAGAUGAAGGAAAAUCAUACUGUGGGUUCACUCUGAAAGUGUAUACUCUAUUUCAUGUCAGAUGUGGUUUGGAAUCAACAUAAUCAAGCAUCAAUAUCCACAAAAUAUACAACACUUGCGUUAAAAUGUGACCGACAUUGAGGUUGAAUUUAUCUGCAAUUGAUUGAAUUGUGGCAUGAGUGUGCAAGCUAGCAUUGACAGUAUCAAAUUGUCUGCUAACUCAUAAAAUGAGCUACAUAAACUAGAGAAGGGCAGUAAGCAGCUAUGUUGCUCUAUUACCUCUAAGCAUCCUCACACGGGACACCAGUUCGAUGUGUGAGAGAUUCUCCAAGAGGAUUUGCUACCAUGCAACUGGGACUUUGAGAAGUUAACUGCUGGUGACAUUACUCUGUACUACCCCAGAUGAUUCAAAUGUACUUCAUCCUUUGACCACUAAGAAGAGCACAAAUAUGUUCCUAUCUGUUCUCCUGUCUUAUUUUUUUGUGCUUUUAUUGUGAAGGAAAGGUGAUAUUUUAGAGGGAAGUUCAGAGAGAGAACUCCUGCCGCUGGAGGGCAUAUAGUCUGGAGGUCGGUAGCGCUACCACGAGACUUGGGCGCAGAGCACAAAUAUAAUUUUAAGACUAUUGGAUUUCAUCGCCUGCCGGUUACUUAGUAGUGUCAGGGGAAAUGACUCAAGGAACAGCUGCCGUAUUUUUAUGUUGAAAAUGUCAAGAUAUCAUUAAAAGUUCCAUAAUCUCAAAGAGCCCGCUAACUGCGGUGUAUUCUUCGUAAUAUGCCGACUCAGCUACUGCUCACAGUGAAAAUCUGUGCAAAACCAGGAUAUAUAAAAAAAAAAAUUUUUUUAUCAUCGUCAGCUCAAGCUUCCCAUAAUAGUCUAGAGAGUCAUAGCUCUGAGAGCCUUAAUUGGCUGGCCAGACAGACACGCUGCAAGAACAUGCAGUACACAACACAUGAACUGCAUAGAUACGUGAGUUACAUUGAGGUCUGUUCCUCCAUAGAAGGCCAUGUGUUCUGUGUGAAAAGUGUACAGUAUGUUGUCAUAGUUGAGAAUAGUGCUGAGAGUGUAUGUUAUGGAGGCGUGUGUUCCUGUGCAGAGGAGUGUGUCCUGUCUCUGCUCUGAGGAUAUCACCCCUGCAUAUUGCUCUGCUCUUAUCUUACAGCUGUGCUAUUGGCUGCAAGUUACACACAUCAUACAUCUUUCAGAAGAGAACUCUCUGUUCUCUUCUCAAGUCGUGUGAUGAUAGGAGGCUUUACACGUGCAGGCAGAGAUGCUCCUGUAGAAUGCUCAAAGUGCUUCCACUUCAAACACUACAUCUAUGAUCUAUGUGAAUAAUUGCUGGGAGUUCCACCUAUGUUUAUAGAUAUAUAGAGAGAGGUCUUUAUGGUUUUCAGUGGUGACGUGCACGGCAUAUGAACGAGGACACUCCAACAAAACAGGAUUUAGAGCGAGAGAGUGAAGCUUGUAUUCAUCAGACACUGUAUAACCGAGGCCAGGGGGUACUUGAGGUAACAUUUUAGGCCAUGCGUUGAAGAAAUGUGGUGACGCAGUUGGGCAAAGUGUUUUGUAGUUGGUCAAGGUCUUUGUGAUUGAUGUAGUUUACAGAUACUGUUGCAAUGGGAUUGGUAUAGAAGGCGAAUGUGUGACCAAGUUUAGUGGUUGAUACAGGAGCCCUGUGACUGGAGGAGCUUAGCAACACACCUCUAAAAUUGGUCAAGGACCACACAAGUGUUGUUACUGGUCCAACGGAUCAACGUGAUCAGUGGAGAACUGGGUUGUUGGUGAAACCCCUAUGUACUGUAAUUUGGAAAUAGUGCAAGAUGACUGGUCAAGCAUACCACAUGGUCAAUGUAAUAAAUCUAUAUGAUUGGUGCAGGGAGGCCACGGUGGUUUAGCUUUCCAUACUUGCUAUGCUAGUUAUUUCAGAAAAGCCUACUGGUCAGUUCUGGGGAAUAUUAUAUUUAUAGUAUUAUAUUAUAAAUAAACCAGCCUCUUUAUACUCCCCAGCUCUUAACUACAUCACAUUUUCCACACUGAUUGAAAAUAUGAUUUUAAUCCACUUCCCCUCUUAAUUCCAACCUGGUUUAUAUAAACAUAACUCCUCCAGGGCUUGAUUACAGGGUAUUAACGGCAUGUCAACCAGAUUUUAGAGUGUGACCAAUCGGACAUCGCCUUUCCAUUCGCUUUAGGGUUUUUCCUUGCACUGUACUGUUUGAUGGGCUUCCGCCGGCUAGUAUAGACUUUCUCUAUUUUUGCGUUUCACGGCGGUAUGUUGCUGGGUUAUUCUUAGUGGUGGGUAUUUUACUCCCACUACCACCCCCAACUCUGCUUUUCCAUAUACGUAGCAGGAGGGGAGUGAAAUAUUGAUGGGAUGGUGGGCGUUCCAGAAUGGAUCCUCAGGGCUUAUUUUGCCCCAUAUUAUAGUUGUGAGCCUCUCUCUCUCUCUCACACACACACACAGCUCUUGUUUAUCUUUUACAUUUUAAAUGCAAUUUGGGUGGUUAAUAAAGGUGUAUCAGCAUGAGGUGGGGCACAGUUUGGAUCUGUAUUUUGCCAGGAAGAAAUUGGACUACACUUUGAUGUAUGUUUUGUCCUCAUAUACUGUAUCGCUAGGCAUAAUACAGUUCCUCAAUGAAAUUAAAAGGCAAAUGGUCAAAUUUAGGACACAACUAAUAACAGCCCUAACAAGUGGAUUUCAGGCUGCUUGUGGUUUAAUAGGGGUUGAUACAAGGCUGUGACACAUUAUUUAAUUAUACCGUAUGUGGUUGUUUCUUUGAUCAUAGAGUGGCUCCGUGUCUCGUUCUAACAUUGGAAGAUUCCUCUGAUGCACGGCUCUGUUGCUGUGGAAAAACUCUAUUCAUCCAGAUGAAAGUGGAACGCCCCUGCCCCUUCCCAACACACAGUCACAUCCACCCACACACACCAUUGCUGUGUGUACCAAUGGCGUUCAACCAUGUCUCUCUGCGUCUCCUUAGGUUCUCACAACAGACCUACACAUAGACUUGUAUCCAUGUCAAUAACCAACCCCCAACACCUCCAAACACGCACACCCACCAUGACCCCCAGUGAUCCCGUUGCUGUGUUGAAGCUAAUGGGGCCCUCUGAGAGGUCCCACCACCCCUGGGGUUGUAUGUAAUCACCUGUCAGUCAGGCUGAAUGGAGAGGUCGAUGUCUCUGCCCCAGCACUGUUGAUUACAAUUGAUCUGCGUUUAAAUUAGACACUUUGCGGCGGGGCAACAAGACCAAUAAUGGGAGGCAGGGGAGUAACACAUGAACACCCGCUCCAAGACUCAAUUUUUCUACCUACCUAUUUUUUCUGGCUAUUGCGUUUUGGUGGCAUUGGGAAGCUGGUUUUGAAAAUAAACACAUUUUUCAAUGCUCUGGGUAAAAGUAUGAUCAAAACAUGGUAACAUCAGGCCUGUAAUGGAUUUUUUUUAUAGACAUUUGGACAUAUCCUAAAAAGACCAUUACACCUACAGAAGAUCUUCUGUAUGGGCAUGUAAGGCCUGAUAUGCAAGAGAAUUCCAUUUGAAACCUCAUUAACAUCCUAAAAUAAUGGAUGAUACGAAUGUGAGAAAAGGUUUUAUUUCAAACGGCUGAGUUUUAUCCAGGCACCGUGGUGUGUCUCUGUGCUGUCGAAAGCUGCUGGAUAACAGAGAGUGGUAAUUAGUCUUUUCCCUUGGGUUAAACUCAAGAUGUCCUGCUGUAAUGCACAGUAGGUUGUUCUCUGUGUGUGUGUGUGUGUGCGUGUGCAUAUGUGUGUGUUUGUGCAUAGGUCUAUUUUUGUGGUAGACAGAUGGUUUAAGGUUCAAAACAAAUUGACAAAACUCAUUUGCCAGUGCCAUCUUGCACAGACCUGAGUUGUAACUACCUCUUGUUUUCUCUGUGUGUUUCCAGGUGAAGGAUGAGAGGAAAGUCCAGGAGUUGUUUGACCUGGCUGACUACGAACGCUCUGAGGAGCUGCGCAAGGCCAAGAGCCGCAGUUCCCAAUCUUGUGUUUUUGGCUGUUAGCCCCGAGGAGAAGGAGUCGUGGGUCAAUGCCCUCAAUACAGCCAUCAUCAAAGCCAAGAACCGCAUUUUUGAUGAGGUUACAAUUGAAGAGGACAGUGUCCUGGUGCACCCUACACGUGAUCGUGCCAAGAUUCCCCAUGCACGGCGCUUGCCCACCCGGGGACAUCUCAUGGCUGUGGCAUCCACCUCCUCAGACGGAAUGUUGACCCUUGACCUUGUCCACGAGGAAGAUGACUCCACCCCAGAAGAUGAGGAAGAAGGCUUCUGGGAAAAUAACUUCAGGGUUGACCUAUACAAAUGGACCACAGGUCGUCAGCGUUCUGGCACAGACGUCUCCAAACUCUGUGUCACCACAAAGGACCUAAAGGUACCCAAGACGAGCAGCCUGCCUCGAGGGAGCGAGCUCUCCUGGGACCGGGCGCACCAUCUUGAGGCUCAAUCCCAUACCCCUCCACCAGGGAAGAGGUUCAGUGCCCAAGGUAGGAGCCGCUGCGCCUCCAUGGACGAGGUCCUUUCCUUGCGGCCAGUCAGGGGUGUCCUUCCCCCUCGCCCCAUAGGUGAACCUGUCCAGCCUGUCGGGCCACUGCAGAGUCUUAUCGCCCAGAAAAUGCAGAGGGCUCAGGAACUGCUGGAAGAAAUGCGAUUGGAGGAACUGCAACGUGCAAAAGGCUUAGACUCGCCCUAUCUAAAGGGCAUUGACUCACCCCGUUUGUACCAUCUAAGAGGCUCUGAGUCUCCUCACUCCAGGGCCUCAGGUUCACCUCGCAGUAAGAGUAGUGACUCUCCUCGUUUGAGGGGGAAAGACUCGCCUCGUACGAAGGGCAAGAAGUCCCGCUCAAAAGGUACAGACUCACCCCAUUCAAAGAGGGCUGACUCUCCUAAUUUGAGGGGUAACAACUCUCCCCGUCUCAGGGUUACUGACUCGCCCUGUAUGAAGGGUUUGGAUUCUUCCAGUUUCAAGGAAACAGACUCGCCAAGUCUGAAGGGUUCUGACUCCCCACGUCUCAAGAACAUUGGUUCACCCUUUUCAAAAAGUUUUGACUCAUCAAGUCUGAAGGGUUCUGACUCGCCUCGCAUCAAGGAUACUAUUCUGAGGGGUAAGGACUCGCCAAAUAUAAUUGGUAAGAACUCCCCAAGUCUGAAGAGUAUCGGCUCACCUUCUCUGAAAGGUGCUGACUCGCCCCAUGCUGACUCACUCCAUAGUAAGAGUGCACACUCACUUCUCAGUGACUUUGAUUUGGAGAGUAGACGGGCGGAGGCGGAGCGACUUCUGCAGGAGGCCGUCUCCUCCUGGCGUCAGGCUAAGGAGGUGCUGGAGGAGGUGAAGGAGCUGCAGACGCAGUCACUAAACCGCCGCUCUGAAAAGAAGACAACAGACAGGCCCCCAACACCGCCACCGGACUAUAGGCUGGAGGACGCAUGCCUCUGUCGCCACCACAGCUGAAAAGCACGCUGGGUUGUCUCCAAACAAAGAGAAAAUAAAAGAGCACUAGGGGCAUGGAGUAAAUACAUUUUUGUCACGUUUUGUUGUCAUUACAUGCCAGUGUUGAAGUGCAAAGCUUUAGGCUUUAUUGCUCCCUUUGCACUUUCCUAUCUUGAUCCUUGCAUUCAGAAAGUAUUCAGACUCCUUCACUUUUUCCACAUUUUGUUACGUUACAGCCUUAUUCUAAAAUGGAUUAAAUAAAUUUGUUCCCUCAUCAAUCUACACAUAAUACCCCAUAAUGAUAAAUUGUUCAAAUUCCUGUUUCCAUUGAUCAUCUUUGUUUCUACAACUUGAUUGGUGUCCACCUGUGGUCAAUUCAAUUGAUAGGACAUGAUUUGGAAAGGAACACACCUGUCUAUAUGAGGUCCCACAGUUGACAGUGCAUGUCAGAGCAAAAACCAAGCCAUGCGGUCAAAGGAGCAGAAUUGUGUCGAGGCACAGAUCUGGGGAAGGGUACCAAAAAAUGUCUGCAGCAUUGAAGGUCCCCAAGAACACAGUGGCCUCCAUCAUUCUUAAAUAGAAGUUUGGAACCACCAAGACUCUUCCUAGAGCUGGCCGCCCGGCCAAACUGAGCAAUCGGAGGAGAAGGGCCUUGGUCAGGGAGGUGACCAAGAACAUAUAGGCAUAGCUCCAGUUCCUCGGUGGAGAUGGGAGAACCUUGCAGAAAAACAACCAUCUCAGUAGCACCCCACCAAUCAGGCCUUUAUGGUAGAGUGUCCAGACGGAAGCCACUCCUCAGUAAAAGGCACAUGACAGCCGCUUGGAGUUUACAAAAAGGCACCUAAAGGACUCUCAGACCCUGAGAAACAAGAUUCUCUGGUCUGAUGAAACCAAGAUUGAACUCCUUGGCCCCAAUGCCAAGCGUCACGUCUGGCACCGCUCAUCACCUGGCCAACACCAUCCAUAUGGUGAAGCAUGGUGGUGGCAGCAUCAUGCUGGGGGGAUGUUUUUUAGCGGCAGGGAUUGGGAGACUAGUUGGGAUCGAGGGAAAGAUGAACGGAGCAAAGUACAGAGAGAUCUUUGAUGAAAACCUGCUCCAGAGCGCUCAGGAACUCAGACUGGGGCGAAGGUUCACCUUCCAACAGGACAAUGACCCUAAGCAUCCAGACAAGACAACGCAGGAAUGGCUUCAGAACAAGACUCUGAAUGUCCUUGAGUGGCCCAGCCAGAGCCCGGACUUGAACCCGAUCUAACAAAUAUGUGGAGAGACCUGAAAAUAGCUGUGCAGCGACGCUCCCUAUCUAACCUGACAAAGCUUGAGAGGAUCUGCAGAGAAGAAUGGGAGAAACUUCCUAAGCUUGUCACGUCAUACCAAAGAAGACUCAAGGCUGUAAUCAUUGCCGAAGGUGCUUCAACAAAGUACUGAAUAAAGGGUCUGAAUACUAAAUGGGAUAUUUUCAUUUUUUUUUUUUUUUUUUUUUUCAAAAAAUUAAAAACCUGUUUUUUGCUUUGUCAUUAUGGGGUAUUGUGUGUAGAUUGAUGAGGAAUUUUAAAAAAAUAAAACAUUUAGAACAAGGUUGUAACGUAACAAAAUGUGGAAAAAGUGAAGGGGUCUGAAUAGUUUCUGAAUGCAGUGUGCUGUAUACUAGUCAAAUCAAGCUGAGCAAGUAAUGAAAUAUUAAUUUCAUUAUCACUGCCAUUUGCUUUCUGAUUUGAAUAGGUUGGAUGGACCUUAAACCCAUAAUAUAUUUUCUGUGAACUUAUUUUUGUUCCCUUUGUCAAUGGCUCUGUGGUCCACUGUGAAUGGAGGGAUGGGCUUCUGGGUUGUAGGAGCAGACCAUGGCUCAAUCCUGGUUCGUGGAAGAGUGGGUGAAUCAGACAGAGGCAUAAACAGGGCUAAGAUCAGAGUUGCCGUGCCUCGGUAACGCUGACACUACCAGGGAAAGUAAUGCUGCUCGUGUAUUUACAUUUAUUAUCCGCCAGAGGUGGAUUAAGUUUCAUUGGAAAAUGCUUUGUACUGUAAACAUAAACAUUAGAUUGUUUUUUAUAAUCGACGAAUGGAACGUGUUUUCGCGGAAACAGUGUCUAAGGAGCAUUAUUUCCUUGCGAAAUUCAUAUGUGGAGAAGCUGCCUGGGAUUGCUCUCUUUCGGUUAGCUUCAGUUAUUGACAACUUGCAGUGAAGUCCAAUGACCUUCAAACAUCAAGAAUUUCCCCAGUCUCUUGGUGUCAGAAACCAAGUACUGUAUUGUAGUUGUUGGUCUUCUCAGAGACCGAAUACAAAGGCGAUUUUUCUCUUACUGUGAGCGUGUCAGAUAAUGAACUAUUUCCUCAUCCCUUCUCUGUCCUAAAGUGAGCAAUAGUAUUCCAGGGACAGACUCAAGAUGUCUGUUUUCAUUAUGUAAUCAAACUGACUAAUGUCACCAAUUGGAUUCCCAACACUUAUAGCUGAAACUCACGGACCACAAGGCCACUUUGAUUGCAAGGAUAUUAAGUAGCUAACUACUUCGCUCUAUUAAAUUUACUUUUAUUAUUCUGGUCAUGUAACAUGGUCUCCUGCUUGUACUCAGAAUGCCUCUAUUGUUUUGGUUAAUUGAGGUUCUAUGAUCUACAAAAGCCUGCAUGUGAGUGAUUCGGUGGCAGAGAGCAAGAGAAAGUGCUCUUUAACUCUGAUCAGCUUCUGAGGAGAAAUGCUAUUAUGGGAUUAUAAUUGCAGGCGUCAUGUUGAGUCUCUGUAGCGUUCGUUACGAUUCGAAUCAAGUGGGCAGAUGAUUUCAACAGUUCUUCUGUUUCUUCCAAAAGGUGCACAGGGUAAUCUCACAUUUCAUAGGCUUUCAUUAAUCAUUUCAUGAGGAUCAGUUAUUUUAUGAGAGAGGGGAUAAUGAAAGCUUCUGAAACAUUUUCAGGGCACAGAGAUGUUAAACUUGGAGAUAUGAAGAUGGGUUGGUCACACUGCACUAUUUCAUACCAAACUAGGGUGGAAAUCAAUGUUCUCAGUAUCAUGUCCUUGUUUAGUCACAUGGUUAGCAUUUCCUGCCAUGUCAUUGGCUGACUGCCAAAACAUGAUUCAUAGGUCACUGAGUUGAAAUUAAAAUGCACAGUGCAUCUAGGACAGGACAAACAUCACCCCAUUACACCAGGCUCGCCUUACAUACGGUUAAAAUCAGUCAUAUAUGAUUGCUGUUUAUUGGUUUAUUUGAUUAUGUGUAUGUGUCCCUUCAGCAGCAAUUAUAUGCCCUUAAUGCACAUGACAACAUGCAAUAUAGUAGGCCUAAUGUUGAUAACGAAAGAGAUAUCCACCACCGCUUUGUAAUCUGAGCUAAGCCAUAGACCAGUGUAUAGCAACUCUGCCAGAAAGAAGUGAAAAGGCAUUAACAUGUCUCAAGCAAUCUGCAUAAAUAGAUUGUAUUAACAGCAAUUGUGAAAUGACUAAUGUAUGUAUAAGUGAAAUAAAUUAUUUACACUGAA